GGCUAAUCGCUUCCGUCGUCCCUCUUUAGCCUACGGCGCUCUCUCAAAACCCUAGUUGCGGUCGAAGGUGACGGCAAGCAACCCAGGCAAUGGCGACACCCAGAACUGUGAAAGACGUUUCUCCUCACGAAUUCGUGAAGGCUUACUCUGCUCACCUUAAGCGUUCUGGAAAGAUGGAACUUCCAGAGUGGACUGAUAUUGUGAAAACUGGUAAAUUGAAAGAGCUUCCUCCUUAUGAUCCUGAUUGGUACUACAUCCGAGCCGCAUCCAUGGCCAGAAAGAUUUACUUGCGAGGGGGUCUUGGAGUUGGUGCCUUCCAGAGAAUUUAUGGAGGAAACAAAAGAAAUGGAAGUCGCCCACGUCAUUUCUGUAAGAGCAGUGGUGCUAUUGCUCGUCACAUUCUGCAACAGUUGCAGGCAAUGAAGAUUGUUGAUGUUGAGCCAAGAGGUGGAAGGAAGAUCACAUCCAAAGGGCAGCAAGAUCUUGAUCAGGUUGCUGGAAGGAUUGCUGUUUCACCAGUUUAAUGAUUUAUCUCUGUUAAUUACCUUUUAUGUCAUUCGCCUUCCAAAAUUUUGAGACAUUUUAUUUGAAUACUUGUAGCACUUUUGCUCUUCUCAUGGGGGUUUGUCUUGAAGCUUGAAAUAUUAAUCUCACAGACAUCCAACAUUCUACUUCGUUAUCAUUUUAUUUACAUCUAUCAUUCUGCUUUUCUGGAAUCAUGUUUCUCCCCAUUUUUAUCAUCUGCAAAAUGCGUUGUGAAAAUCUUAUUUUGCAUUCCCUGCGGUUCCUAUUGUUUUCGCUGAAAAUUGGUCAUUGAAAUUUGAAAUUAUGCAAGUCACCUAAUCAACUAAGUAUAGUUCUCACUUCUCACUGCUGCUAUUGUCCUAUCGUCCUCUGGAGCGUACUGUUUUUCCGUUGAAUAGUUUCUUAGAAAGCGUUCAAUGCCUCGCAAUCUAAUUGUGUUCUUGGAGUCGUAUUUGGAAUCGUCUUUACAGAAUUACAGUUAUACCGUAGGAGAAUUUCCUAUACACUAAUUGAGAUUAUGGAGUGGUGUGUAAAUGUGUAAUGAUUGAUGAUCGACAACCACGGUCAUCCCCCAUGUUUGUAAAUUAUGUUUUUGUGCGU